CGGUUCACAUAAAGCGAAAGAUUUGAUUCGUUGACAACACUUGAAAAUAUAAUCAAAUUUUACCAACCCACAAUAGUAAAUCAAGUGGCAAUAUUACCUGUCAGUCAAAAAACAAAGCUAGAUCUAGCGGGAAAAAGCUAAAUUGACAACACUGGUCAAUUGUUUCUUUUGUUUACAAAUCAGAAAUUGACAAAUUAACUUCAGUGUAACGAAUAUUUUAUAAUGUAAUUGUUUGUGUAAAAGUAAAACUAGACAAUAAUUUACCAUGGACAAGUUUUUGAUAAAGAAGGCGAAGGUUGCAGAACAACGGCCUCCCACGCAGUCAGUCGAAAGUGAUGGCAGUGAAAGCGACACAGCUGGCGAAAAAAAGGAUCCAAAACGCAAAUUUCGGAAAGAAUGGCUAACCCAAUUUAAUUGGCUCAAAGAGCAAAAUGGGAGCGCAUACUGCACUGCUUGCGAAAAGUCCAUGGUGAACCACGUAGCGAAGCUAAAACGACACACAGAGCAAUCAAGCCAUGUUCAAAAUCUGAUCAAGAAAAAGGGCCAAGUGAAGUUAGAUUCUUUUCUUAAAGAACAAAAUGAUACUUUAGAAAAGCAAAUCCGAAACGCAGAAUUCAGUUUAGUGAUGUUCAUAAUAGCACAUAAUCUUCCAUUUAUCCUUAUGGAUUAUUUGCCAAAUUUGCUAGCCGUGUGUUGUCCGGACUCAAAAAUAGCGCAGUCUUUACGCUGCGGCAGAACCAAAUCGACCCAGCUAGCAGAGAUUUUAGGGAACGAAGCAAUGAAAAGAAUAGUAUCGGAUCUCAGAACGUGUAAAUUCUCUUUGAUUGUGGACGAAACCACGGACGUAUCAACAACAAAGUGUCUGGUUCUGGUGGUAAGGUAUUUUGAUAAGUUAUCGAAUACCAUUCGUGACAGAUUUUUAUCACUAGUUGAACUUACCAAAAGCGAUUCUGAGGCAAUAUACCAAACGAUAAAGUCAUUUUUCGAAACGCACAGUGUACCUUUAAGUAAUUUGAUAGGGCUAGCAACUGACGGAGCCAAUACGAUGGCCGGCGAAUUAAAUGGGCUGAAAACAAAAUUAAAAAAUGAUACUAAUAUAUUUUACAUCAAAUGCACUUGCCACUCGCUGCAUUUGUGUUCGAGCUACGCCAGCAAACAGCUACCAGCAAAAAUUGAAAAGCUGUCCAGGCUUGUCAACAUCAACAGCCGGGCUUGUCAACAUCAACAGCUGAAAUUAUCAACAGCUGAACUGGUCAACAUCAACAGCAAUACUAGUCAACCUCAACAUCAACAGCUGAGAUUAUCAACAUCAACAGCUGAGUUUGUCAACAUCGACAACUGA